GGCCUAGAUAUUUUAGAUGAUGUUCUUUUUUCGAACUAGUAAAUAAUAGUACUAUGUAGAUUAUAUGAUGGAUAAUAAUAUACACACUUGAUCGCGCUUCAAAAGGAAAGCAAAAGAAGCCUCUCUCUCUCUCUCUCUCUCUUAACCUCUCGUUUCACCCGUCACCAUUAUCUCUUACACUGUUACUCACUUGUCUCUCUCUCUCUCUCCUCCUGCAUCUCGAAAUCAUCCUUUGCCAUGUCCGAUGCAUACGAGCCAUACCAUGUUCUCCAACAUAGCCGACGAGAUAAACUUCGGAUGCCUUCUCUCGAUUCCCACUUCCACUUUCACCACCCUCCUCCUCCUCCUUCUUCCUCCGGCGGCGGCGGCGUGUUUCCUAUCGCCGACUCUGAUUUCCUCGCAGCCGGUGGAUUCCAUUCAAACAAUAACAAUAACCCUAGCUACAGUAACUUCAUGGGUUUUCUCGGUGGCCAAUCUUCCUCUUCAUCCACCGCAGUCGCCGUCGCUGGAGAUCAUUCCUUCAACGCCGGACUCUCUUCUGGCGACGUUCUCGUCUUCAAACCCGAGCCUCUAUCUCUCUCUUUGUCAUCUCACCCUAGACCUACUUACGAUCUCGUCGUUCCCGGCGUUGUUAACUCCGGACUCUGUAGAUCCGCAGCUGAAGCCGCCGCUGCCGCCGUCACCGUAGCUUCAAGAAGCUCCGGUCCUCUCGGGCCGUUCACAGGCUACGCAUCCAUUCUGAAAGGAUCAAAGUUCUUGAAACCAGCACAGAUGCUUCUUGAUGAUUUUUGUAGUGUAAGUCGCGCGGUUUACACCGAACAAAUCGUCGACGACGAAGAUGACGAUUCCUCUUUGCUUUUUGACCCAACGAUUGAUAAUCUCUGCGGCGUUUCUGACGCCGGCGUAGGAGAAAAUGGCAAGAAAAAAUCAAAGCUCAUCUCCAUGUUAGACGAGGUCUACAAGAGGUAUAAGCAGUACUAUGAGCAGCUUCAAGCUGUGAUGGGCUCAUUCGAAUGCGUCGCAGGUCUCGGGCACGCAGCUCCUUAUGCGAGUUUAACAUUAAAGGUAUUGUCUAAGCAUUUCAAAUGUUUGAAGAAUGCUAUAACAGACCAGCUUCAGUUUAGCACCAAUAACAAGAUACAACAACAACGUGGCCAUGUGAUGAACUCUGAGAAUAAGACCGACUUUUUGGGGUUUGGAGGAAGUGAUAAUAGUAGAGGCCUGUGUUCUACUGGUCAAAGACAUGGAUUCCCUGAUCAUCAUGCUCCUGUAUGGAGACCACACCGUGGCCUACCCGAACGUGCUGUUACCGUUCUAAGGGCUUGGCUCUUCGAUCAUUUCUUGCAUCCUUAUCCAACUGAUACAGACAAACUCAUGUUGGCUAAACAGACAGGUCUCUCCAGGAAUCAGGUGUCGAAUUGGUUCAUAAACGCGCGAGUUAGGGUUUGGAAACCGAUGGUGGAAGAGAUUCAUAUGCUGGAGACUCGACAAUCUCAGAAAUCUUCUUCCUCUUGGAGAGACACCACCACCGCCUUCCCCGAUAACAACAACAACCCUUCUUCCUCCACGGCUCAACAAAGAGCUAACAACAACUCUUCUCCUGCUAGACGGGUGCGAAACGAUGACGUUCAUGCCAACACCAACAACAAUAACAACCACUUUAUGAACGCUGGAAACGGUGGGAACAUUGGAGGCGGCGGCGCGGUAAGCUUCUCCUACGGUAUUGCGUCAUCGAAUGUCCCGGGGAUGAAUACUAGCACAAAUGGAGGAGUGUCGUUGACGUUAGGGCUUCAUCAUCAGAUUGGGUUGCCGGAGCCUUUCCCAAUGACAACUGCUCAGAGGUUUGGACUUGACGGUGGCAGUAGUGGUGGCGGUGCUGGAGGGGAGUCUUACGGUGGCGGCGGUGGUGGGUAUGAAGGGCAAGAUCGUCCGUUUGGGAGAGAUUUUAUUGGAGGCAGUAAUCAUCAGUUUCUACAUGAUUUUGUAGGAUGAUAUCAUUUGUGUCGGAAGGAAAAAUAUGCUCGACGUUUGACAAUGUAUUUGAGAUGAGGGAAAUGGUAAUGCAUGUGAUGUGUAUAUUAGAAUGUUUUUAUUUUCUUUUCCUUUGUCGAAUCUUUAAGGAAUGAAACAGAAUUGAAACUUAAUUCCAUAGAAA